AUUUCUCCCCAUUCUUUUCAAUCAAAAGAGAGAGGGAGAGAUUGGUGGUGCAGGUUGAAGUAGAGGAGGAGCAGCCGGUGGCAGCAGCGGCACCGGCAGCAGAAACCAGGAUGGGCACGAGCCAAGCAGACCCAAGAAGCGGCUACUGCGCCGCCACUCGGACCUACCACUCCGUCCGCGCGGCGUCGCCGCUGCCGGACCCUGACCUCCCCCUCUACCUCCCCGAAUUCGUCUUCUCCUUGCUUCGCAGCUCCUCGACGGCUUCGCCGACGGCAGCCCUCAUCGACGCCCCCACCGGCGCCCGCAUCCCCUUCUCCGUUCUCCCAAACUACGUCCGCUCCCUCGCCGACUUCCUCGCUGCCGCCAGCAUCCGAAAGGGCCAAACCGUCCUCAUCAUCUCCCCGAAUUCCAUCUACGUCCCCGUCGUCGACCUCGCCGUUCUCUCCCUGGGCGCCAUCCUCACAGCUUCCAACCCAGCCAGCACCGUCUCGGAGGUCUCGUACCAAUGCCGCCUCUCCAAACCGGUUUUCGCAUUCGUCCACUCCUCCGCCGCCCAUCUCGUCCCUCCCUCGCUUCCCCACCCUCCCGUCAUCAUCGACUCGCCCGAUUUCCUCGCCAUAAUCCAGUCCGACGCGAGCUGCCGGGAUCCGAAGCGGUCGGCUCAGGGUUCCGUCGGGCAAGCCGUCUCCACCGGGAAUCAGGCCGACACCGCCACGAUUCUUUACUCGUCCGGUACGACUGGACCUGUCAAAGGCGUCGUCUCGACGCACCGGAAUUACAUCGCCCUCGUUGCGUCGCUCCAGAUGACGAGGGACCCCAGCCGGAGCCCCGGCGUGACGCUCGUCACGGUCCCGAUGUUCCAUAUCUUCGGACUGUUCUUCAUCGUGAACGCGAUCGCCGUGGCCGAGACGCUGGUGUUCAUGGAGCGGUUCGAUAUGUUGACGAUGCUCCGAUCGGUUGAGAGGUACCGAGUCAGCCACAUACCGGCCUCUCCCCCGCUUCUCGUCGCGCUGGCCAAGCUGGAGGUGGUGGACCGAUUCGAUCUGAGCUCUCUCGAGUCGGUCGGGUCGGGCGGGGCUGCACUGGGGAAGGAGGUCAUCGACCGGUUCGUAUCCCGGUUCCCUAACGUAUCGGUGGUUCAGGGGUAUGGAUUAACAGAGUCAACAGGUGCAAUCGCAUUCACAGCAGGCCCAGAGGAGACAGCGCGUUAUGGGGCUGUAGGGAAGCUUCUUCCACACGCUGAAGCCAAGAUUGUCCACCCUGCUACUGGCAACCCCAUGCCUCCCAACAUGAAGGGGGAACUCUGGCUCAGAAGCUCCACAAUCAUGAAGGGGUAUUUGGAUAAUGAAAAGGCCACUUCUACUACUCUGGACUCAGAGGGUUGGCUGAAAACUGGCGAUUUGUGCUACAUUGAUGAGGAUGGGUUCCUUUUUGUUGUUGAUAGACUAAAGGAGUUGAUCAAAUACAAGGGUUAUCAGGUGGCUCCUGUAGAGUUGGAGCAAUUACUUCAAUCGCACCCUGAGAUUGCAGAUGCUGCUGUUAUUCCGUACCCUGAUGACGAAGCAGGUCAAAUACCUAUGGCAUUUGUUGUUAGACAACCAAAGUCUAAUCUAUCCGAGACACAAGUCAUGGGAUUCAUAGCUAAGCAGGGAAAGGAGAUCCAGAAUCAUCCUCUGAGCUGAUGGGUCCAUGGCAUGCCUCAAAACAGCAUGACAGCAGGCAGGAGACAGCAUGCCUCACCAGAACAGACAUCCAAUGCUGAAUAUUCACUCAUUAGGUCUCAAAGACAAAUGAAACUGCAUGACAGUAAACAUCGGUCGAACAAAAGAUACGAUUGUCACUAAGAUAAGUUCAGUUGAAAAGGAAAUACUGCGCGCUCCCAACUUUCGUUAAGUAUGAAACCAAAUCAUCAUAUCAACAGGAUCUGAUUCAACUACACCCCGAAUAAGGUCAGACUGCACCCAAAAAAAAAAAAAACUUCAACUCGGUUAACAGAUACCGAGAGGGAACCAAAUGGAAGAACCGAUGUGCAGACACGAGGAGGCAGAACAUAGAUUGCCGAAGGGGCAGAGAAUGGGAUCGCACAGAACCAUGUUGGGUGGUCCUCUCUCCCUCGUGCAACAAAUGGCAACGACUUCUGGGACUCGCCGGCAACAACGUCCGGCGGUGGGCAGCAGAUGGGAUUUAGGGCUUUCACGACUAGAGAAUAAUCACAGAGAAAGAAAUGUCCGACACAAGCGGAGAAGGAGAGCCGCAGAGAGAGAGAGA